AUGAAUAUCAGCCUUCGAUCCAGUCAGUCCUCCUACGGAGACCCUCGCUAUCUAUCUACCGCUACCGUCUCCGAUUUCCACGGCCCGCCGGCCAAGUCUUUGGUCGAUGGCUACCGCGAUGCCCUCCACCCCGAGGAGGACCGGCCGCGGUACAAUCCGCUUAACCCCAGUCACCCGCGGAGCUCGGCUCUGCUGAAUCCUAGGGAUCCAGUCAUGAUGUACCUUUUGACCGAGACCGCGAUCGGCGAUAGCACCAACUACGAGGUUCUCUCCUUUGAUGAGGUCGAACAACUGAAGAAAGAACGUUCCCUCCUUUCAACUCGCAUCCAGAGUACUAGGCGCAAACUCGCCAUGGAGACCAAGAUUCGCGAUGCAGCUCAGUCCCUCGGCCGACUCUACAGCCCCCCAAGUCCCCGGAGCAGCGGCGAGUACGGCGCCAACGGUACCGACAAGUCGCAUCGACGUAGCCGCAGUAUAUUCGGACGGAGUGGCGCUGCGGAAGCUUUAGAUAAGAGUGAUUCGGAACUGGCAAUGAGCCAGAGGAGAUGCGAGGAGUUGGCGCAAGAGCUGUGGAAGCUGGAACACAAGUCCAACCAGAUCUCCCAGCGCUUGCUCGAACAUACCGCGGGUGUCUUGCAGAUGACCCACAAGGGUUUGAAGAAGACUCCGAAGAACGUGGACGGUGCCGAUGGUCUUGACGACGGGUACGACUUUGACGACCGCAGCCUGUACCGUACGACAGAGCAUCUGGACAAUUACGGGGUAAAAGGGAGGAUUGAUGUUGCCCCUGUGGGUGCAGCAGUGAAUCCCGAAUCCCAAAAGAGGUUGGAGGAACUCAGCGAGCGCCUCUGCAAUAUGAUGGCUCAGGCAAAUCCGGACGAAUUCGUCGAACCACCACCUCACCCGGGUGGACCUUCAUCCACGAUCGAAGCGCACAUCGCAUACCUCGAGCAUGGCCUGCAUUCUCUUCACUCGUUUGGCUCUGCUAGAGGUCUCUCGGUCGAAGCAGGUGCUGCGGCGCCCGAGGCGGAAGGCGCAUGGAAGAUGCAGCUCACGGAUAUCAAUAACCGGGUUCAAAGCAUUGUUGACCGGUUCGGAUUGACCCGAUCACCAACUCUGCCCCCGCCUCCUGCUGCAUCAGAUGGUGAAGGCCUGCAGGAACAGCUGUCAUAUCUCCAAACCGGCGUGGAUGGCCUCGCCAGCCGAGUGGAUGGAUUGCUGGAGCAGAAGAGUAUCCUCACCACGCAAAUCCAGCAGCAGCGUGAGCUCAACAGCAAGUCGGAUGCGGAACGAGAUGCCCACAUUGCCGACUUGACCGAACAACUCGCCCAGGUGCGUCGGGACUACGAGGCCUCCGAGCGUGAGAGCCAGGCCCAUCAAGCUGAGCUGGAGACGGUCAUGCAGCAGCUGGAGGUUCUGCGUCAUGACGGCUCUCCCAAGGACGAGGUCAAGGCUUCCCUGGUACACGCUGAGGGCGAGAUCGCGCGCCUGCAAAGCGUGAUCGACUCGUUACACACCGAGGCCGAUCUGCGUGCUGAAGAGGUCAGAGAGGCACACGACCGCACGGAAGAAAUUAGAGAAGCCAACGAGCGUGCUGGGCAAGAAGUCGCCCAGCUCGAGGCUGAAAUUCAACAGAUUCGCAGCGAAGCUGAUUCACGCUUGAAGGAGGUGCUCGAUGAGCGCCACAAACUUGACGCUCAACUGGCCGAAGCUGAUGCCAUGGUGAAGCAAGCAGUCAACCAACGGGACCAGGCUGACGCUCACUUGAAGGAGGCGCUCGGUCAGCGUGAUCAGGCUGAAGAGAACGCUGCUCGCCUGCAGAAGGAGAUGACCGAGCUAGAAGGCGAGGUCGUGCGUAUCACCACUGAACUCACCAUGGUCAAGGCCGAGCUCGACGGUGCCUACGGUACCCGUGCCCAGCGUGCCGCCGAGGUGGCUGCCAACCCUGAGAUCCAGAAGGAGAUUGACAGCCUGCACACGCGCAACAUUGAGUUGACCGAGGAGCUUGCCAUGCUCAAGGGCCAGCAAGGCGGUGGUGGCGACCUCCAGCAACGGGCGGAUACUCUUGAGAAGGAGCUCCGGGAGACUCUCGAUGACUACGAAGCCAUGACUAAGGCCAGCAUCGAGUUUGAGAAGGAGCGCGAGCAAUUCGAGAGUCUUAUUGAUUCGAUGCGCGAUCGCUGCGAGCAGCUGGAGCAGCAGCUCAGCGAGGAGCGUAUUAACUGGAUGAACUUGAACAGUCCCGGUUCUGUGGGCCGUGAUGGAACAUCCGAGACUACGUCGACCAUGGUGCUGAAGAACGAGUUUAAGAAGAUGAUGCGUGACACGCGUAAUGAAAACAUGAAGAUCCUGAAGAGGGAACAAGAAGAGCGGCGUCGAAUCGAAGGGUUACUCCGAGCCCUCAGGAAAGAGCACGCUCAAGUGACUGGCAAACCCAUACCCAGCCCCGUUGGCACCCCAUUAUGA